AAAUGCUGAUUUUGAAAAGGAGCAACAAAAUGAUAUCGUCUUCACAGCAGAUGAAAGACCACAUCCUGUUUGCCAGUAAGCGAGCAUAUCUUUUGAAGACGGCCCUCGAACUGCGACAACUUAAUCGUUAUUCACUUUCAAGCAAUGAGAAGCUUUUACAAUGAUGACCUCUUCAAGAGUUUUUGAAGAAUAUACUAUGGACCAACAGAUUACACAAGACAAUCCAGAGAGUAAAAUUCGGGUACAGCUCACCCCAGUUGUUCUCCCCAUUCAAAAGCCUUUACAAAAUUUUGUUAUUUUAUUGGGGACCAUUGAGAUUUUAUCUGGGAUGGCAAUCAAUGGAUGUGGAGGAAUUUUGACAAUGAAUCCUCGGUCAUAUUCUAUUACUCUCAGAGUGGCUUUCUUAUCAGGAAUCCAGUUUAUGAUCUCUGGAACGUUGACUCUCCUCCUGCAGUGGUUUUCAAGCAUUUCAUUGCUGAACUUGAUAAUGAACAGUGGAAGUCUGAUGUUUGCUUUCAUUGGAAUAAUUGUUUAUUCAUUGCAAUUAUCUAGGAUGUUGGAAUUUGACCCUUUGGUCAGGGGAACCGAAGCCUAUUCUAACAGCACUGAGAGUACAGUGGAUAAUGAAAGGAGUGCUGUCACAAGGCACGCUGAUAUUGACAAUAAACCGCAUGAGGAUAAUAUUAACAAUUUCAUGUUGUUGUUGCUAAGUCUUACUCUCUUGGAAGUGUGUUGCUUGGUUCCAUUUAUAUGGCGGCGAGUCAAGGCCCGUUACUUACACAGCACCUCACACUGAUUGCAAUCUUGGAGCGACCACUUGGAGCCUGAGAUAUUGUUCUGUAAUCCUGCUUUUCAGCUGUCUUGCUUUUGUCUUUCCAAUCUCCACUGUGCUCCAAUUUUAUUUUAUUUUUCCUGCUAAGAAGGACACUUUGUAAAAAUGUGCUGAAUUAUGAAUGUACAGUAACAGCUCGUCCAAAGGUUCAGGAGGGUGCCAAGGGUGAAAUUAGGGAGCAUGAUGUCAGAGUGCAGGAUAUAGGUUCAUAACUAGUGAUGAGUAAAAACAGGGAAGUUUCAGUUCACAUACAGUUUGGUGAAACUCUAACUAUAAUCUGCACCACUUGCAAUUUCAUAAUUGUGAAACGUGAAAGUCAUGGUAUACAUUUUUGUCGUGGUUUAAAGGUGUUUUUGCUGAUAAUAAACAAGGAAUA